AUGCAGCAGCAAAGAGGAGUGGGAGCGCCUGGCCAGCCAUUAGGACGAUAUCCGCCUCAGAAAAUGAAAUUUCAGCCAGGAGCCACGCCGCAAUCGGCUAUGAGACGACCCGGCGGUCCUCAAAUGCCUUCUCAGGGUCCACAACUGCAAGCCAACAGGGUCUCACAACCUCUUCGUAAAAAGAAAAGAUAUGCCGACAAACUUAUUUCACCGCAGGUGAGAGAGCUCGUUCCGGAAUCUCAAGCUUACAUGGACCUACUUGCUUUCGAGCAGAAACUUGACGCUACAAUAACAAGAAAGAAGCUUGACAUCCAGGAAGCCCUCAAGAGGCCCCAAAAAGUCAAAAAACGGCUGCGUAUUUAUAUUUCACAUACAUUCAUUGCUGGAAAGGAACCAGAGAAGGAAGGCGACGAGGGAACUGUUCCAAUGUGGGAGCUACGCGUUGAAGGCCGACUGAUAGAAGACCAGACUAAUGGAACAAUCAAUGCCGCAGGGCACCCUACUCCAGCUCCGCCUGCACGUCCUUUACCAAAGCGGAAGUUCAGUUCUUUUUUCAAAAGCCUGGUGAUCGAGUUAGAUAAAGAUAUCUACGGCCCAGAUAACCAUUUGGUUGAAUGGCAUCGCACCCCAACUACAAAUGAAACGGACGGUUUUCAGGUGAAACGACCAGGAGACCGACCUGUGAAAUGCACUAUUCUACUUCUUCUCGAUUACCAACCAAUGAAAUUCAAACUACACCCUCGUUUAGCAAAGGUCCUGGGUAUUGCUGCUGAAACAAGGCCUAAAAUCAUUGAAGCUCUCUGGCAGUACAUCAAGACACAUAAACUACAGGAUCCUGUAGAUCACGAUACUGUAAACAACGACCCCUACCUCGAGCAAGUCUUCAGCUGUAAGCGAAUGCGAUUCAUGGAAAUUCCACAGCGGUUACAUCAACUUUUGCAGCAACCUGAUCCAUUGGUUCUCUCUCACAUUAUCAAGCACAAUGAAGGUGGUGCCGAGAAGAAUACUGCUUGUUACGAUAUUGAUGUUGAAGUUGAAGAUCCUCUCAAGCAACAUAUGGCUGCCUUUGUACAUGCCCAGGCGAACACCCAGGACAUCGCCAAUCUCGAUCAGAAAAUCUACGAUGUAGUAGAUCAGAUCAACGAGUGGAAAACGCGGCGUGAUUUCUAUGUACGAUUCGCCGACAACCCUCACGAGUUCAUUAGGAAGUGGUUAGUUAGUCAGAGCCAGGACUUGAAGACCAUGACCGAAGCUAGUGGGGAAGGUGAAGCAGAACGGCGAGCAGAUCACUACUACAAACCUGAAACUCAGGAAGGCGUUUUCAGGUAA